GCGAUCUCCCCCGUCGAGGUAAAGUUUUUUAAAAUUAGGGUUAGGGUUAGGGUUAGGGUUUGGAGGUCGAGCGAACGGUGGGGAGGGGGCGAUUAGGGUUUCGCAUGGGCGGCCCCUCCCUCGCGUAGAAGAUGACGAGGUUAUUCUCUUUCAAGAGCGCCACCAUCGCCGUGUGCUUCUUCAACCUCGCCGUCGCCGCCGCGCUCCUCCUCCGCGGCCUCUUCUUCGGCGUCGCCGUCCCGCGGAGACUCGCCCCAUCCUACCACCACCACCACCUCGAUCCCGCGCAACUGAAGUACGUAUUGGAAUCUGAAGCAUUACGACGUGCUAUGGAGCCCUUGGAAUUGAUCAGGAGAAUCAAAGAAAUUGAACAAGAAGCAUAUACAGAAUCAGGGGCAGAGACGCAACAAGCUCAAAAGCUAACCGCUGCAGUUGAUUUGUCGAAGAGGUUAAAAGAUCUAAGGGUGACGAAUGAUGCUAACAGCCAGAAAGCUCUCGAGGAAUGGCGUAAACGGAAGAUUGAACGAGCAAGGCGUAGAGGAAUUGGGAAAGAUGCAACGGUAUCUCAAACAUAGUGAUCACAUCAUGAUCCCAAAAUUGUUGUAUGUUGUAUAUAACUAAAAAAGAUUGAUUAUUGUUGUUAGUGUUGGUUGUGAUGGUGGUGUUGAAUUAUGAGGAUGAAUCCUUGGGCUUUUUAAGUCUAUAGAGCUGUAUCAUUGGGACAGUGGUGUUGUAACUGGGUGUGUAAUGUUUGAGAUAACAUUUUUGGUAAGUUAUAAUCAGCUGAAGUAGCUUUGGAUGUUCUCUCUGA